UAAAUUCAUUUCAAUUUUACGCAUUUAUUAUAAGCGUGCAUGUUAACAUCCAAGACACAACCCCGCACACAAGCCCUCUGGACACCUUGUACCGGUAUCAAAACGCACACGUCAUCCAAGCGUCAUGCGACGAAUGACGAUGCAAAGGAGCCAAAACGUAAACAACAACAAACGCGGCUCCCAUUGAGGCAACCGCUGUAAACGUACGCUCAUUCAUAUGCAUUCUGUCUUCUGGAUCUGUACCCAAACGUGCUUCUUGGUGAGAUUUGAAAGAAAGUCCUUUUGAAUAGUGAAAAUGACGGAUUUGUUCGCCGAAGGAGCCGUUUGGGACGAUCUGGCCAAUAUUCCAGCCGAUCCGCCCAAAAUGCGCGAUAAGUGCAGUAAUUGUCAGCGACCUGUACCGGUCUGUUGGUGUUCGGCGCUGCCACCGCAGCCACUCGUUCCCAAAAGUCGAGUGAUUCUAUUACAACACCCUGCUGAGGAGAAGCGAGCCUUGAGAACGGCGCCCAUGUUAUCGGUCGGAUUGGCACCUGGGAAGUGUCUUAUUUACAAAGGCAAAAAAUUUCCCAAGUUCGAUUCGGAACUGGAAGUAAUCCUCUCGGCCAAAAACUCAAUCCUGCUGUACCCAAGUGCCACAUCGAUUCCAAUGGAACAGUUGGACCUCACCGAAGGCCCUUUCAAUCUCAUUCUCAUCGACGGGACGUGGCCUCAAGCGAAUGCCAUCUACACCAGCUCCACAAUCCUUCACAACAUGCGGCAGGUUAAACUCAUCAGCUCCGGCAACAGUAGCUACGUCAUUCGAACUCAACCUACCGACGGUUGCCUUAGCACUUUGGAAACUGCCAUCGAAGCGCUGAGCAUUCUGGAGCGGGACGACUCCUACCGGCAACAGCUGCUUCGACCACUUCAUGCCUUGUGCCAGUUUCAGUUGGACAAGGGUGCAGUCACUCAUCAGUCCAAGGAAUUUCUCAUUAAGCACAACCAGUACCCGAAACUGAUUGGGAAGCGGUUGAACAAAUUGCUGCGAAACGCAGAUGCCUUCAAGGAUCAAACUGGACAGGGUCAAUCGGAAGAGGAACAAUGAUCUCCGGGGGGUUGGUGUGUGUUUCUGUCAGUUUUUAUUGAUAAUUACUUCCUUUAUAUAUGAGUACUUCAUAUAACAUAAAAUAGAGAGAAUAAUGUUUCCUUGUUAAUGUCGAUAUAUACAUUCAUUCUACGCUUUCUUUUUUAUGCUGUAAAUAAAUCUAUUAUCGAAAAUAAACAGGCGGGUUUUCUUCACGUGCCUCUAUCUCCAAUCAGUUUCUUUUUUGUUUUUGAUUUAUGUUUUGUCUUCGUUCGAAAAGUAAUUUAGUGUGAGCUCUAAGUAGAGACAGACUCUACAGACAAGACAACAGGCUUAACAAGUGUGAGAUAAUAGGUUUCCGUAAAUUUUGUCUAAUUGAAUCUACAUUUUUGUCGAGUGAUUGAGUGUUUGGAUAACUUUCCUUUAGAUAUAAGCCGAUCGAAACGAAGGAGGAACAGUGCUAUGCGAAUGUUAAAUGAAGCUUAGUCUACCACAUUAGCUGUUUCUUGUUGCAGUUUGGUAUAUUAUUAUAUAAGUAUUCUCUAUGUAUAUAUGCUUAAAAAGUUACAUGCUCUCUACGGAGGAGUACGUACAUGCAAAAAUCAGUGUUUCGUUUUUUAUUUUAUUUUCAUCUGUUUUUUAUAGACUCUCGUUGUUCUGGUCUACUUUAAGCUUUGCUGAAAUUGUAGUGUCUUAUUAUAAUUUCCUUCUUGUUUUAUUUAGUCUGCUUUUUAAAUCCUUUGAGUAUAGGUAUUAGAUGUAUUUUGGUUGAUGUCAUUCGUUUCAAAAAAUAAUUCCGCAUAAACUGUCACUUUCUUCCUAUACGCUUUUUUUUUGUCUCACACUUGUCUAACAAUUCGAGCUUCGAAAUAAUCCUAUUAUGCACUAAUUUUACGUCCUUUCUUAAAAAGCGCUUCGAAAAACAAUUUUAGUUCACCUGCUGCAAAUUUUUAAGGGCCGUAUCAAUUGAUAGGAGGAAAUUUUCACUUAGCUUUUGAACCUGAAUAGCGAAUAAUCAACUGAAUACAACAUACGCAAAUUAUUUCUUACUAUUCUCCCUAAAAGCAAAAUCACAUCUGCAAUAAAACGCUUGAUAGACGGUCAAAAAUAAUCAUUUCCUAGAUUUUCAUCAUCAUUUCUUAAUUCUCAACUGAUUUUGGUCUGAAG